UGACAACUUCAUUGUCAAGGUGUAAAGUUUUAUAAUGGAUUUAUUGUACAAAAACUAAAGCAGAUUGAAUAUGAGGUCUGUAAAAGCAAAUUUUCUAGUAAAAGAAUACAUAAACAAAAAUCCUCUUAGAGUAUUAGUUCGUGCAUACAGUGACGAGGAGGUUAUUCCAAAUUCAAUAAGAGGUUUUGAUUACAUAAGACACCCAAGACUAAAUAAGGGUUUAGCAUUCACAUUGGAAGAGCGACAAACGCUAGGAAUACACGGAUUGUUAGCAAGUACCGUCAGAACACAAGAAGAGCAAAUUGCAAUCUGCAAGUACUCAUUGGAACGUUACGGAAGUCCGCUUAAUAAACAUCUUUAUUUGGCGGAGUUGCUGGAUACCAAUGAGAAACUGUUCUACGAGUUAAUGAGUACAGACGUGGAGAAAUACUUGCCUCUUGUUUAUACUCCCACCGUGGGUUUGGUUUGUCAAAGGUUCGGCCUGGUAUACAAGAGACCUCGUGGUCUCUUUAUAACAAUCCACGAUAAAGGAAAAAUUCACCAAAUUCUUCGGAAUUGGCCAGAAUCACACGUGCGCGCUAUCUGUUUUACUGAUGGUGAGAGAAUAUUGGGUCUGGGGGACCUUGGUGCUUUCGGUAUGGGUAUACCGAUAGGCAAACUGUGCUUGUAUACUGCACUAGCUGGAGUCCCGCCUGCGCACUGCUUACCAAUAACUUUGGACGUGGGCACCAAUAACCAGUCGCUACUAGAAGAUCCCAUGUAUAUAGGAGUACGACAGAAACGAGUAACAGGCAGUGCAUACGAUGAGUUGAUCGAGGAAUUUAUGGUUGCGUGUGUGAAACGAUAUUCUCAAAACGUGCUUUUACAGUUCGAAGAUUUUGCCCUUGCAAACGCUACCCGACUUCUGGAUAGAUAUAAGAAUGCUUACUGCACGUUCAAUGAUGAUAUUCAGGGCACUGCAAGUGUUGUAGUAGCUGGUAUGUAUGCUGCAUGUAGAAUUACAAAGAAAAAGCUGAAAGAAAAUAUAUAUCUAUUCCUUGGAGCCGGAUCGGCCGGCGUUGGCAUUGCAUCUUUGUUAUGUGAUGCGAUGGUCGAAGAAGGAAUUUCUAUGGAAGAAGCAAUAAAGAAAGUAUACAUGGUUGACCAUGAAGGUCUCCUAUCCACCAAGCGACAAAGUGGUAUACCACCUCACGCUGUUAAAUUUGGUAAGGACAUGGAACCGACAAAAGAUUUCGCAAGCCUCGUGACGAGUUUGAAGCCGACUUGCCUCGUUGGUGCUUCAACUGUAGGUGGUGCCUUUACACCAGCAAUAUUGCAACAAAUGGCAAAAAAUACUGAAAGACCACAAAUAUUUGCUCUCUCAAAUCCAACGGUAAAAGCUGAGUGUACUCCACAGCAAGCUUACGAUAACACAGAGGGUCGAUGCAUUUACGCAUCAGGUUCUCCUUUCCCGCCAACAAAAUAUGGGGGUAAGACGUACUAUACAGGUCAAGGUAACAACUCCUACGUAUUCCCCGGAAUAGCAUUGGGAGUAAUCAUUUGCCACGCCCGUCAUGUACCUGACUCCAUGUUUCUAUCUGCGGCAAAGACUUUAGCGCUUUGUGUCACUGAAAAAGAUUUGAAUCUCGGACGAAUUUAUCCACAUCUCAAUGAAGUUCGAAAUAUAUCCAAUAAAAUAGCAGCUUCUAUCAUUAACCGUGCUUACGAUGAGAAACUUGCUGGAAUGUACCCUAAACCAAAAGAUGUGGAUUGUUUAGUCCAACAGUAUUUGUACAACACAAAAUACAUUAAUUACAUGCCAGAUUGUUACAAUUAUCCAGGCAGCGACUCUGGAAUAAAAGUCAAGACGAUAGAAGAAAUGAUAGCUAAGUCUACGAAGAAAACCGGUUCGAAUAAAGGUUGUAAGAAAUAAAUAAAUGAAACUGAAACAUCAAUAGGACUUGUUCUUUAUU